UGCUUGCAGAGGAAGAAGCAAGCGCUGAAAGCAGAGCAGUUCAUACUGUGAAGGGCUGGAAAACAGGAAAGCUUCAGUCCAUAGAGAAAGGAGGAGGAAAAUCCAAAAGGAGGAAGAGGUGUUUGCCAUAAAGAUAGGUAAGAGCUGAAACACUUUCCCGUUCGACUUACUGACUCAGAGGGUUGCUAACAAACCCCACAGGUGUGGCCAGGUGACACACAUUAUACCUGACUGCUCGGACAUGUGCGUCUCCGUGAGAGGGGCAAAGCGAGAAAGAACCUGUUUGCUGUGAAUUUGAACAUCAGAGAAGGCAGGAGGGCACUUUGUUCCUCCUCCCUGCCAGGGGCUGCUCAUGGCAGGACAGACAUCCACUUCAGACUGCUCUCAGCUCAUUGACCACAGCCAUGUUCAGGAGUUUGAGGUGGCUCUGUGGAUCAAGAUCACUUCGGCCUUGGUCUACAUCUGCAUCUUUGUUGCGGGCAUCUUGGGCAACAGCAUCACCAUCAAGGCCACCAGGAUCCUGCAGAAGAAGGGCUACUUGCAGAAGGAGGUCACCGACCACAUGGUGAGCCUGGCCUGCUCUGACCUGCUGGUCAUCCUGCUGGGCAUGCCCGUGGAGUUCUUCAGUGCCAUCUGGAGCCCCUUUUCUACCCCCAAUGGCAACAUUGCCUGCAAGCUCUACUACUUCCUCUUUGAAGCCUGCAGUUAUGCCACUGUGCUGCACGUUGCCACCCUCAGCUUUGAGAGGUACAUCGCUAUCUGCCACCCCUUCAAGUUCAAGUCUCUCUCUGGACCCCGCACGGUGAAGCUGCUCAUCGCCUUUGUCUGGGGGACAUCUGUCUUGGUGGCUCUGCCCCUGCUCUUUGCCAUGGGCACAGAAUAUCCCCUGGAAAUCGUCGAGGGCUACCAAAGUACGACGGCCUGUGUCAGACCUACUCCCAGGCACCUCAUACCUGAGCUGAAGUACAACAUGACCAUCUGUACCAGCCUCUCUUCCAAGUUUCCUCUCUUUCAAGCCAGCGUCUUCAGUGCCUUUGCUGUGUACAUCAUAGUGCUGGGAUCUGUCACCUUCAUGUGCCAUAGCAUGAUGAAAGCCCUGAUGAUCCACAAGGAAGGAACUGUGGCAGUGAAGGGAGGACAAAAGCACCAGAAGUAUCUAAGAAAAAGUGAGAGCUCAGAGGGCAAGAGCUCCAGGAGACAGAUCAUUUUUUUCCUGGGUAAGAACCCUGUCCUACUCUGCCUCCCCUCUGUCCUCUGCCCCCUUUCCACAUGGGAAUGAAGCCCAGAAGCCUCCAUUUUAUCUCACCAAGUUCCUCCAAAUGGGGAAUGUAUGGUUGGAGACCAGUACAAAAUGAGGGAUAGGCAAUACUUCUGGUUGCGAGCAUACAUUUUAAAAAACCUGAUGUCUCUCUAUGUUUUUGACACACUCUUUUUGUCAUUAGAACAGGUGGGAGGGAAAAAGAGGGAAAAAUCCAUUCACUGUUUGCUAUUUCUGUUGUCUGAUUAUCCUGCAUGCCUAUGUGCAGCAGUAUGGGUGAUAGCCUGUUGCAGCUUGACCUUUGGGGUAGCAAUAGGCAACGGUUGCCUGGAUAUAAAGUAGCUCUACUUGCAUGUUUUCCCAAUAAAUUACAAAUAUGAGCAUACUUAGUAAGGCUCCUGAUGGGAAGGAAGCCUGUCUUGCAAGAUCUGAAGCUUGUCCCUCUCUGAAGGCAUUUCCCUGUUGAUUCAGGAUGCUCCUUGGAGAGUUCUUAUUUAACCUCAGUAGUUAUGACUGUGUUGCAUCUGAGCAUCAGAGAAGCUGGGCUGGAGAGUUUAUUUGAUAUUUGGUUGCCCUCUUUGAAUUUUUUUCUCUGGUUUUAUUUGAAGGCCUGUAACCUCGAAAUUAUGUUUGAUUCUGAUCUCUGUUGCCACAUUUGUCAGACAAAAACUAAUCAAGCUGUCAUUUCGCCAACUCGGAAUCUUUCUGGGCUGUGAUCCAUGUAGUCUCCAGUCUCCACAUUUGUUGAUGUUCUUAGAGGUGCCCUUAAUCAUGCCCUGGCUGCAUUACUACUAGUUCCUGUUUUGUUGGGUUGCUUAAUAUGAUACUGAAUAUAAUAAAUGAACCACCUAGUGUAAGAAUAUGCAGUAGACCCAGUACUUGUGCAUUGCUUUUUAGUGCUCUGAUUGAUAUUGAAGAGAGGGAAUUGAAACUUGUGGGUCUGUCCACUUCUGCAACUUUAGGUAGAUUAUCUCUUUUAUUAUUUUAUUCCUCUUUUUAAAUUAUUUUUGCUUUCUGAGGAUUCUCUGAUUCCUCCUCUAGUCCUGCUUUUGCCAUGGUCUAUGGCUAGGACAUGAAUGCAGGGUAAGGAGCCCAGGGUGCAGCCAGCCCCUUUCCUGCUGCAGCUGUGUGAGAGCAUGGUGAAAACCUGUCAUUCAGACAAGGCAUAUGACUUGGGUUUGGGACAGGGUGGAGCUGCACACUCCACCAGCAGAGAGCGUGACAAGGGCUUCAAAUGGGAGACGUGACACUCCAGGCUGUACAGAGCCCUUCCUCAUGCUCAGAGUGUACAUCUAAUGAAGAAAUCAUCUCCUUUCACAAGGAGUCUGUUAGUCUAGGGCAAGAGGCCCUGUAUGUGGGUGACUGAAAGGCUCUCAGUAUCCUCAUUCCACUUGAUAGUACUGAUUUCUGGGGUAGAGGCACAGCAGUGUAGCUAAAUAUACCUGUUGCACAAAGCAGAAAAACAGAUCUGCUCUUGAAGUGUUACUUGUGGGUUCCUUAAAUGUCUGUGCCUCUGCAACCCGUUGUAAGUUACCAUUACCACAGCUACAUUAAAGCCCAGUCUAAGAUCCAAAUCCUGGCUAGGUUGAGGGGGGAAGGUAAAUUGCCAUGACUUUUUUUUCCCCUUCUUGAUUAUUGUUCUUCCUUGGUGAUGGCCUAGCAUGGAAUAGGCAGAUGUGCUGCUUGCAGGAAUACUGGAAAGCUAAAUGAAAGCAACUAGUUUGCCCUUUAUCAUGAGGGAAUUUGCCACCAGUAUCUGACACUUCCUCCGUACUCUCAGCUUUUUGGAGGCAGUAGAUACUUCCACAAAUUCCCCCAAAUUAUUUCAGUGGUAAGACUUUAAUACGAGUCUUGCUAAUUUACUUGGCUUUGGGAAUAAAUUAAUAAACUGAGGAGAAAGAAACUCUGGCCUGCAAAGCAAUUUAAUUUGGAGAUUUCAUAAUAGUGAUGCUUUAGGGCAGUUUUAACCCAGAAGAAAUGAACAUAUAAAUUGUUUACAAAUCGCUGAAUUUAAAUAUUGUGAUUUAGAAGUCCUCUUUGUUUUUCAUUUAACAGAUGGGUCAAAUUAAAACAAAUACUUGCACAUUCUCAACAUAUUUCACUUUUAAUGUGAAAUGUAAAUGGCAAUAUACAGCAUCAUGUCUUUGAACAUCUAGCAGCAAUAAAAACAAUUUAGCAUUUUCCUCUAGUUGUUAAAAGUGAUAAGUUCUAUAAAAUGGAGAUUAAAUUCAUAAAUCUCCUGACGAUGAGAAAAAGCUAAUCAGGGGAUGGCACAGGAAGGAUCUAAUGCUUUUUUAGUGUCACGUUUUUGUGUGGCACUUGAGAAUAUUCAUGAAAAUUAAUUGCAAAUGUUGAAAGGGAAAGACCACUUGCCAUAAGCAGUAUUGAUGCUUACAGGAUGGGCUCCAGGUAGGGUGACACCACUGCUGUGGUGGAGGAGGAAGGUGGCAGAGGGACAAGCACCACGGUGCUGGACAGGCUGAGCUCACGUGGGGAAGAGUUUUUGUGUUCAGGGAAGGUGUCUGCAAGGGUCAAAUCUUUCAGCUUAAAGUCCAGAUGGUCUGAUUGGGGAUUUGAAGUCUCUGAUGUAGAGAGAUCAGUUCCUUCUCUUUCUGGCUACCUUGCUGUGCUCAGGGUGGAAA